AGGGGGCUAAUUAUUAGCUCAAUGGCUGAGCCGGCAGCCAAGUGGAAAGGCAGCAGCCACGGAGCGACGUUAUUAGAUAUCCCGCGCGGCUCGGUCCAGGGCUCCCGGCGGCCCGACCCUCGUUCUUCCUCCUGCCCGCUCCGGCCCGCCGUCCCCGGCUCAUCUUAAGGAACUCGCGGCGGCUGCUGUCAGAGAGACUUCGGGAAACAUCUGAGUGCCUGCCGCUCUUUAUUUCUCCCGGCAGGAUCCAGUAAAAAUUGUGUAAUCCUGAAGGAAAUACCUGAGGCUUCCCGCUAGACAGAGAAAUGCUUUCUGCCCUGAGACGCGUUUGAAGCGGACAGACUUUGAUUUUUUUUCCCUUCCUGCCGUUUUCCGCUUUGUUUUAAACUCGCCUUGUACUCCAAAAUGCAAGAAGCCCCGGAGAGCGGCAGCAGCGCCGGCGCGAGCAGCUCCUUCUCCAGCCACGCCGCAGCCAGCAUCAAGGAGGAGGAGUGCAGCCCCGAGAAGGAGAGGCCCCCCGAGGCUGAGUACAUCAGCUCCCGGUGCGUCCUCUUCACCUACUUCCAAGGGGACAUCAGCGCCGUGGUGGACGAGCACUUCAGCCGGGCGCUCAGCCAGCCCAGCAGCUUCUCGCUCGGCAGCGCCAAGGCGACUCGGAACGCCGGCUCCUGGCGGGAUGGCUCCUUCCCGAUGAGCCAGCGCAGCUUCCCCCCAUCCUUCUGGAACAGCACCUACCAGCCCUCCUCGGUCCCCGUCACCCUUAGCAGCCCCCUGGCUGCCCACAGCGAGCUGCCCUUCACCACCGCGGACCCCUAUGCCCCAGCCUCCCUGCACGGCCACCUGCAUCAGGGUGGCCCUGAGGCCUGGCAUCACGCCCACCACCACCACCACCACCAUCCCUACCUCGGGACGCAGAGCACAGCCUACCCCCGCCCCGCAGCCAUGCACGAGGUCUACGGCCCUCAUUUUGACCCUCGCUAUGGCUCCCUGCUGGUGCCCACCGCCUCCGUCCGCCCCCACCGCCUCACUCCCACCGCCGUGCCCACACCGGUCAGCCCACCCUGUGAGCUGGGCAAGGGCGAGGCAGGCCCUGCUGCUGCCUGGACGACACCGGGACCCUUCCCCAAUGCGGCGGGAGACGUGGCACAGAGCCUCGGCCUCAACGUGGACGCAGGUUUGCAGCCUCAGGACAAAAGCAAGGAUCUGUACUGGUUUUAGAGCUGUCCUUCACUCUUCCUCCCCUGGCUCUCCCCUGUAGAUCUCUGCCUCUAGGCAUGGUGGCAUUCGGAGCUGAAGUCGGGUCAGUUUGUAACAGCUUCUGGUCUUGGUUUGCAGCUCGGCGUUACUCCUUCUGUGGUGGAUCCCUUCUGAGCUGACGAGCUGACUCAGAGCCUCCCAGACCCCCUUGCCCUUUUCCAAGCCUACCAUGGCCCUGCAGCUUGGGGACAGACAACGGGACUUAAAACAACUUGGCUUUGCAAGGAUGAACCUUUAGACUUAUUUUGGAGAGGAAAACCCUUCUGUUGAAAGAGGAGAGCCAAAGACCAUGAACUAUUUAAACAAACUCCACAGCCAGAACUGCAGUAGGACUAUUUUAAAAGAGUCAAAUGACAUCACAAACAGUGAUGAAAAACCACUGGCCUUCUUACAAGGGACAGAGGAAAUCAUGAUUAUUUCAGUGGUGUGAAUAUUUUUUUAUGACAGUGAAAAUCAUUUCUUGAUUUCAACUUGGGAAAAACUAUUCAGCAGUUUUGAACUGGAUUCUUACUUUACAUUGCAGAAAAGUGAAAGGAGAAGAAAUUGGAACUCACUAACAUUUUUGGACUACUGAGGAGCUAGUCAGAUUUUUCAGCAUUGUGGUUAUGAGUGGCAAGCGUCUAGCUUGGGCCACCUGCCUAGCUUGGGCCACCUGCCUUGGGCUUACAGAAGUGCAGCUGUUCCACGGACAACUGUUCAAACUCCAGAAAUAUGAAAACCAAGGUGGCACUUGUCAGAAUUUGACAUAACAUUUGCAUUGAAUAUGUAAUGGUUGUUUGUUUUCUUUUCUUUUUUUUUUUACAAGAAGCAUUUUAUGGUGAAAACAAAACCCUCUUAAAGAAGGGGGAGAAAGGAAAGCCAGGAAAAAUUGCUCACCCUCAACCUGAUAGCCUUUAAGGGGAACAUCACAAGGAAAAGCACAUGUGGGACAAUAGGUCUGGGUUGCCUCUAACGCUUCCCUUUGUCUACUUGUUGCUGUCAUUUUGUCACUUUAAUAAUUGUCUUGUUUUGGUUUGAAAGGGGGAAUAAGAUAUCUAUUUGACGGUAGGAAAGCUACAUUAAAGGUAUUCCUUCUUUCA